ACUCAAUAAUGUACCGUAAUAGAUAGAGAGAGAUACGAUACGAGUUCGACGGUGGUGAUUCGUGAAGCAGCACAAAAAAGUGUUGCGGUUGAAGUUACUAUUACAAUUUCUGCCAUCUUUUUGUGUGUUGGGUCACUCCAAGCCUCACAUUUCAUUUCUCUCUCACAAAUUAAAUGGCUGCCACUCUCUCCGUCCGGUCCGACCGUCUCUCCGCCGGUUCAGUCUUCCCUAGACCGCCGGCUCGACGACUCGGAAAGCCAAUCGUAACCGAACCAUGGCGAGGCGCGCCGCUACAAAAACCCUUUAGGCGCGUGUUAACGAGGACCGUGGCUCCGGUUCAGGCUGGGUCUCGAGCCGAUGACUCUGCACCGUUCGAGAUGUCCGUGGAAAACGCGCUGAAGCUUCUUGGUGUCUCGGAGGGUGCUUCCUUCGACGAUAUACUACGCGCCAAAAACUCCAUCCUCGCCACUUGCAAGGAUGACCAGGAAAUGAUUGCACAGGUUGAGGCUGCAUAUGACAUGUUACUUAUGCAAAGCCUAACUCAGCGGCGGGCAGGAAAAGUAGUGAGCAGCAGUGUUCGUUAUGCUGAUGUCAAACGUGUUAAGUCCCCGGCUAUGGGAUCAAUGCCUCAAUGGUUGCAAUCCACCAUGAAGAAUUCACCUGUUUCAAUUGAGUCACCCUCCACCAGUGAUUUUGGUUUACAAGCUGGAGUUUAUGGUGCAUUGAUGGGUUUAACUUACAUUAAUGGGGCUUCUGCAGCCUCUGCAGCAUAUGGUGGGACAGAUGUUCCAGGACUAAUAUUGGCUGGUAGCUUUGGAGCUUCCCUGUACUUCAUGACCAAAAAGAAGGUUAAGUUAGGGAAGGCUACUGUUAUAACCAUAGGUGGGCUUAUAGCUGGGGCUGUUGUAGGGUCAGCUGUAGAGAACUGGUUGCAGGUAGACAUUGUCCCAUUUCUGGGCAUACAUUCCCCUGCUGCUGUUGUUAGUGAAAUCAUAAUUGUCUCUCAGUUCUUGGUUUCUCUGUACCUACGGUAGACAGGAAAACAUGAUGAUCUUAUAUUAAAAUGUGAAACUUGUAACUAUUCAUUUGCAUGCAGCAUGAUCAUACCAAAGGUAGACUGGGGAGGCUACUGUUAUAACCAUAGGAGGGCUCAUAGCUGGCCCCGUGGUAGGGUCAACUGUAGAGAACUGGUUGAAACUUGUAAUUAUUCAUUUGCAUGCAGUAUGGUCAUACCCAUGUUUUUUUAGGAUGUGAAAUCAUUGCAUAUUGUACAAAACUUCGAAUACAAUGUAGUUGUUUAUUUUGCAAAUUAGAAGCAUGAAACUUAUA